UAACGGGUGCCAUGUCGAGUUUUGCCCAGCAGCUGAGUGCCAAACGCGGGUCACUGCGGCACACACAAACGCAGGUCACCACGCCCGACGGACAGGCUCGGCUGGAGGAAUUAUUCUCCGAUGGCACACACUCGGUGACCUCCAUGCCCUCCACCAGUCCAGGCUUCGUCGUUGACACAAAACCUGACCUCCGCUACACCUUCAUCCUCAACAAGGUCAUUCUGGGGUCGCAGGAUGUGGCGCACGACCUUGACAUCCUCACCAACAACAAGGUCACACAUAUCCUCAAUGUCGCUACUGGGGUCAUCAACCUCUUCGAAGGAUGGUUCACGUACAAGACCAAGGAGGCUUUUGACACGCCGACCUUCCGGAUUUUGGACAUUCUCGAGGAGUGUUGCGACUACAUCCAGGCGGCGGUUGUGUCUGGCGGGUGUGUGCUGGUUCACUGCAAUGCGGGUGUGUCUCGCUCAGCCUCAGUGGUCAUGGCAUAUCUCAUGAGGAACUACGGCAUGAGUUUCGACGAGGCGUUCAGGUUCGUCAAGUCUAAGCGGUCGUUUGUGCGCCCCAACGAAGGGUUUAUGAAGCAGCUGAAGGAGUACGAGCAGCUUCUGGCGAUGACGUGAGGGAGGGAUAGAAGAAAAGUCCCGUUGUUAACUCCUUGACUGCGGAUUUCCUACAAGAAGACAUCACCAAGCUACAGGAAUGGAACAAAAAGUGGCUGCUACAAUUCACCUGGGGAGGGGUUAUCCAGCAUCCCAAUUACCACAUGGGAAACACUCAACUAUUCACCACAGGGGCAGAGAAAGACCUGGGAGUAUAUUUUUACCAGGCUACCAGUAAAAGCCAAAUCCGUGCCAAUCGCAGCAGAUGGGUUAACCCCCCUUUGGACUGGUAGAUAAACGGGUACAAACCUGGGGAAGGUAAACUGUGGUAACCUGGAUGUUGCAUUUGCCCUGUGUCUCAGAUGGGCCCUCACCCACCAUUGGUACUGAGGUGAGCAGUUAGGCCAUAUGCAACUGUUAGUGUAGGCUCUGAACUGUACCCCUAGAAAGCCAAAGAGAAUGGGAAGUGAAGUAUUAAAGAAUGUCUCGCUUACUGAAGGCAAAAUUAUUCAAGUUAGACCCUCAUAAGUAACACAUAAUGAGGAAACGUAUACAUGUACCGAGGAAUUUUUACACCAACAAAACCUUGACAAUAAAUAAUGAAUGAGAAAUGAAGUGUUAAAAGAAUAACUCACUCACUGAAGGCAAAAUUAUUCAAGUUAAACCCUCAUAAGUAACACAGAUACUGAGAAAUUUUUCCACUAACAAAACCUUAACGAAAAAUAAUGAAUGAGAAACGAAGAACGGGAAAUGAAGUGUUAAAAGAAUAUCUCUCACUCACUGAAGGCAAAAUUAUUCAAGUUAAACCCUCAUAAGUAACACAUAAUGA